AUGCUAGUGCUACCACUAGUCCUCGUCGUGGGAGUGGCGCUUGCAGCUGACUGGAAGGUGACCAAUGUUGACAGGACUAUCGAUCUGACAUCUCAAAUUGUGAAAGUAUCUUCGCAGCUAACACUGGUCAACACUGGAUCUUCAGACGCGAACUAUGUUGAAGUGCUACUCAGCAGCAAAGAGAAUGAGCAUCUUUCUUAUAUCUCCGCCCAGGAA